AUGGAAAAUCAGAGGAAUAUAUCAGAAUUCAUUUUUAUGGGACUUUCAUCUGACCAGAACAUACAGAUAUUUUGUUUUGUGCUCUUCUUAUUUUGUUAUGUUGCCAUCUUGGUGGGAAACCUUCUAAUCCUUGUCUCCAUCCGAUGCAGCCCUCUUUUUCACCAACCAAUGUACUAUUUCCUCAGCCACUCAUCUUCUAUGGACAUCUGCUAUACCUCCUGUGUGACACCUAAACUAAUCAGUGACCUGCUCCUGGGAAGGAAAACCAUCUCUUAUGGUAAUUGCAUGUUACAGGUCUUUACAAUGCACUUUUUUGGCAUCAUUGAGGUCUUUGUCCUCACAGUCAUGGCCUUUGACCGUUGUGUUGCCAUCUGCAAGCCUCUCCACUACAUGGUUAUCAUGAACAGGGCAAGGUGCAAUCUCCUCGUCUUGGCUGCUUGGGCUGGUGGAGCUGUCCAUUCCUUUUCUCAGUUCUCUGUGGUAAUCAAUUUGCCCUUCUGUGGCCCCAAUGAAAUUGAUCACUAUUAUUGUGAUAUUUUUCCUUUGCUGAAAGUUGCCUGUACUGAUACCCACAUCACUGGUGUCCUGGUGGUUGCCAAUUCAGGAAUGGUUGCCUUAGUAACCUUUGUUCUCUUGUUUGGAUCUUAUGUCAUUAUAUUAUUCACCUUAAGAAAUCACUCAGCUGAAGGAAGGCACAGAGCUCUGUCUACCUGUGGGUCUCACAUCACUGUGGUUGUCUUAUUUUUUGGGCCUUCCAUCUUCGCCUACCUCAGACCCCCUACCACUUUUCCUGAGGACAAAAUAUUUUCUCUAUUUUACACCAUCAUUGUUCCAAUGUUCAAUCCCUUAAUCUACACCCUGAGAAAUACAGAGAUGAAAAAGACCAUGAGAAAGGUUUGGUGUCAAAAGAUAUUUUAUGAAGAAAAACAUAGUUGA